GAUUAAACUUUUUUCUUAAGCUAAAUUUACAGCCGGGCACUUCUAAAUUAAAUUUUCCUAAUAAAAAAUUUUUAAAUAAAACACAAAAGCGCUGCAUGGCUUUGAAAUUCAAGAGAUGCACAAUUUGACAGGUACUAUACCAUUCCAAGCAUCCAUAAGCGAAAGCACAGCAGUCACAAAAAUAUAUACACUCUGGGCCUUCGCAUGACGUAGUCCGCCUAAAAAGUGAAACGGCAAGAAAUACAAAAACAAAAACACAACAACAACAGCGACGUCAACACAGACUGAAAUCAGUGAGGUGCGCGCUGUAGCACUUGACCUGCAGCUUCAAUAUGUUGAUGCGCAGUGUGUGGCUGCUGCAGCGCCAACAACCUCUUUACACACGAGCCGCUCUUCUGUGGAGGCGGCAAUACUUCUCCUGGUGUCAUGGCCUGCAACGCAGUGAACAUGUGACGCUUCGUUUGCAGGCUCGCAGUCGUUUGGGUGGAGGCAAAACCUGUAAAGCGUCCUCCUUGCUGGUGAUGCGCUCCAGCUCCAGUGACAAGGGGAGCGGUAUAAAUGAAAAGACUCCUGUCGAUGCAAAUGUCCGCCAAAAAAUAGAUGAAGCAGUGAACAAAUUGCCCAACGUGCAGACAAAGAACUUUGAAAUAAAAACCUCGAAGGGCAUCCUCUCAAUAACCACCACCAUUGAGGACUCCAAGAUCAAUGAGAUUGUGUUCGAAAAGGCAGAUCUCCCACCGGUGGCUAAGCCUGCGUUACAUGUUAUGCCAGCCAUUGAAGUCAAAUCAGCAACAAGUCCGCCUGAAUUAGCUCCUACUCCGCCUCAGCGAAAGGACGGAGGAGAUGCUCCAGCACCAGCAACGCCUGCAGUGAAACGACCGCGCUUCGAUUACCGGAUGUCGCUAGAGCGUAAUUUUGUAACGCCUGCGCGUGCCCUGUCGGACUUCAUGCUAACCCUCAAAGAUUUGGAGAAACUACCCAAGAUAAAGCGCAGAUCGCCCUACGAACAGGAGCCACCGAUGACGGUCUAUUGGCGCCGCGAUGUGGAGGCCAAGGCGCUUGAAGUGUGGGGCUCUAAGGAGGGUAUUGUGCGAGAGCGACUAAGACGUGACGUAGAGCGCAAGCAGUAUCAACAAAAUGUAUUCACUGUGAAACGUCGCCUACGCGACUAUCGACGAGAAGUGGGCUCACGAACCACGAGCAUGCUGGAUACGGAUAUAAAUUCGGAGAAGUCCGGACAGGUAGUCGCUACAGCCAUUGCCAUCAAUGCAGCUAAUCUACUGUUUAAGACAGGCGGUUGGUUAUACUGCGGCUCGCACAGCAUGUUUGCAGAGGUUAUUCACUCACUUGCAGAUCUGGUCAAUCAACUUAUAUUGGCCUUCGGCAUCUAUAAGUCGUCACAGUUGCCCGAUACGGUUCAUCCGUACGGCUAUAUGAACAUGCGUUACGUCUCUUCCCUCAUCUCUGGCGUUGGCAUAUUUUGUGUGGGCAGCGGGUUAUCCAUUUACCAUGGCAUCGAGGGACUGCUCAAUCCGGAAGCGAUCACUGACCUGUUUUGGGUGUAUUGUAUUCUGGCUGGCUCCCUCGUCAGUGAGGGCGCGACCCUCGUGGUGGCCAUCAAUGAAUUGAAGCGCGCCGCCAAAGAGAAUAAGCUAAGCUUUAAGGAGUAUGUUCUUACCGGAAAGGAUCCUUGUGUGAAUGUGGUACUGUGUGAGGAUGCAGCUGCAGUCACUGGCGUAGUAGUCGCCGCCGGCUGCAUGGGCCUGAGCAGUUUAACUGGCUCACCAAUCUUCGAUGCGAUUGGCUCUUUGGUGAUCGGAGGUCUUCUGGCUGCGGUUGCUUCCUUCAUUAUUUAUACGAAUGCCAAUGCGUUGGUUGGUGUAUCCAUUUCGAUGGAUCGCUUGGAAAAGAUCAAUGCGGCUCUUGAAGCUGAUGUGAUGAUACGCGCUAUAUACGAUGUUAAGGGAAUAGACAUCGGCAAUGGACGAGUGCGUUAUAAGGCUGAGCUGGAUUUCGAUGGACGAGAGCUAACACGCUCAUAUUUGGAUAAGCAGGAUCUAAAUAAGCUGCUGGCGAUUGUGCGCGGAUUUCGUAAUGUGGAUGAUUUGGAGGGGUUCUUGCUGGAUCAGGGCGAGAGUAUUGUUGACCUAAUGGGUGGCGAAAUUGAUCGCAUUGAAAUGAAUCUGCGCACGCAUUUUCCAGAAAUUCGACAUGUCGAUCUUGAAAUACUCUAGAGCCUUCCUUUCUGGCUGUUAACUGAAGAAUAUAUCAGUUUGGACCUGACGGCUCUCAAUCAAAAUUUCCUGUUUAACAUAUAUAUUAGGAUAUAUAUUCGUACGUGCAUAUAUAUAUAUACAGUUAUUUCGGUUGUGUACUUGAGUGGACUACCGUUAGUUAGAUGUUUGGUAUAUGUCUGGCUGGCUUAUUUUUAUUAAUAUUAUUGUUUUCGGGUAGGUUUGAUAGAGACUUAAGUGAAAAGAAAAUAUUACAUUGUUCAAUUUUCAGUUUUAGUGCAAAGAUGCAACAUUGUAUGGUAGCUAUUCAAAAUUCUUCGGUUCACACGUUUGCCUAAAAUUCUACUAUAUAUUGU